AUGGCUGUUGAAACAAUUGUCCCCGCAUUGCCACCACCAGCCGGCCAGACGUCAAACUUCGUGAACCCGGAUUACAAUGGCACCAAAUUCCUGGUGGUGAACUGCAUAUUUUUACCCCUCGCUAUUAUUGGUCUUGGGGUGCGAAUAUGGACACGGCUGUUUGUCGUGCGAAGCUUCCGUGCGGAUGAUUAUUUGAUGGUUCUGGCGCUCCUUUCAUCAUGUGUUCUCACUGGUGUGACUUUAGACAUGCUUAAUUGGGGCCUGGGAAGACACAUGUGGGAUGUACCUGCCACUUAUUUCUCACCGUGGUUCAGCAAGUUCAACCUUAUCGCUGCCAUAUUCUACUGUGCCGGUACCGGAUUCACCAAAUGCUCCGUUCUCAUCUUUUAUCUCCGAAUCUUCCCCAGCAGGAACUUCCACAUCGCCGUUUGGGUCCUCAUUUUCAUUGCAGCCGGAUAUAGUGUCGCCAGCAUACUCGCCAAUAUUCUCAGUUGCCAUCCAGUAGCAAAGUCCUGGGAUUCUACCAUAACCACUGGAUAUUGCAUGAACAGGCCUGUCUUUUACUUCGCCAACGCUGGACUAGGCAUUUUUACAGAUUUUGCUACCGUUGCGGUCCCAAUACCAUGGAUUCGCCGAUUGCAAAUGCAAUUGCGACAGAAGAUUGCUGUGUGCGCUAUCCUUGCGAUGGGAUGUUUUGUUGGUAUUGUCAGCUGCGUCCGUCUAGCUUCUUUGUACACCCUUUUAACAAGUAUUGACUUAACAUGGACAACUACUGAUGCGCUCAUGUGGUGCGCAAUCGAGUUGAACCUUGGCAUUUUCGGCGGCUGCGUCACAGCCAUUCGACCAUUUAUUCGACAGUACCUACCCCAGCUUCUUGGUCUAUCCUCUGGAGGGGGGUACGACUCAUCUCAAUCUCGAAAGCAAUCUCAUCCACUCGGUUCAAUGCCUAGAAGCCCACGACCCGACUUUUCAGGACGAGACAGCGCAUACAUCACAACACUCUCCACCAGUCGUGCAGCGCCAGAUAAUGAUAGCGAGGAGCAUAUAUUGUCUGCGCAACAUACCAACCCCAACAAAGAGAUGGAUGGUAUCAUGCGAACACUCGAGUUCGACGUGGAAAACUCGGCAAGUAUGGCUCAAUAA